AUGGCCACCCCAGAUAUCCAGCAGAACGUUCCCUCGCACAUCCGUGGAGUGCCUGGCUCAGUCAACAUACCAGUAGCACGCUUCCCAGUACCAUCUAAAAGUGUCAUCCGUGAGCCGGAGCAGAUUGCUUCGAACCUUGUUAACGCUUUCAAUCUUGCAUUGGCCAAACGCGACUUUGGCAACAUAGCGAGCUUAUUUGGGGACAACGGUUUCUGGCGCGACCAUCUAGCUUUAUCAUGGCAGCUUCGAACGGUCCAAGGCCAUGAACCCAUCGUGAAAUUCCUUGAGAGAUGUUCUGAGUCCAGGGACGGCAUGCGACUCCAGAAAAUCUCUAUUGACAGGAGCACCUCGGUUCGCGCUCCGAAAGUGUGCGCACUUGAUGGAGCUGGCGAAGUUCAAGGCAUCCAAUUUUUCUUCACCGCGGAGACGGCUCAUGGUUCUGCGGUUGGAAUCGCCCGCCUCGCGCCGCAGAACGAUACUUGGAAAUUCUACACCUUGUUUACUGCUCUUAAGGAGCUCAAGGGUUAUGAAGAGCUUCUUGGACAUCGGAGACCCAAGGGUGCGGAGCACGGUGGUCACCCGGAUCGCAAAAAUUGGGCGGAAAAAAGAGCCGAUUUUUCUGCUUACACUGAUGGCCAUGAGCCCAGUGUACUCAUCAUCGGCGCCGGACAGGGUGGUUUGACCGCGGCGGCGAGAUUAAAGAUGCUAGGAGUAGACUCCCUCAUCAUCGAUAAAAACGACUCAGUCGGGGAUAACUGGCGACUGCGGUAUCGUCAGCUCGUCCUACACGAUCCAGUGUGGUACGAUCAUAUGCCUUACAUGGAGUUUCCAGCGAAUUGGCCUAUCUUUACGCCGAAGGAUAAGCUGGCUGAAUUUUUUGAGUGCUACGUCAAAAUGCUAGAACUCAAUGUUUGGACCAGUACGGCUAUCACCCAGUGCGAAUGGGACGAGAAAAAUACCAACUGGAUCGUGAACCUCUCGCGCCAACAGAAGAACGGAGCCACCGAAGUGAGAAGCUUCCGCCCCCGUCAUAUUAUCCAAGCGACCGGUCAUUCUGGAAAGAUGAAAAUGCCUCAUAUCCCUGGCAUGGAGAACUUCCAGGGUGAGCUUCUUUGUCACUCUUCGCAAUUUCCAGGCGCCCAGAGAAAUAGCCAUGGCAAAAAGGCUAUCGUUGUGGGUUCGUGUAAUUCGGCCCACGAUAUCGCACAAGAUUAUCAGGAGAAAGGCUAUCAUAUAACUAUGGUCCAGAGAUCGACAACAUGCAUUAUCUCCUCGACUGCCAUCAGGAAGAUCGGUCUAAAGGGUCUUUACGAAGAGGAUGGUCCGCCAGUGGCAGAUGCCGAUCUCCUUCUACAUGGCACUCCUACGCCAGUCAUGAAGGCGCUUCAAAUCCAUAUCACUGCUCAAGAGGCAGAGCACGAUAAGGAGCUUCUAGAUGGGCUUUCAAGAGCCGGGUUCAAGGUUGAUCGUGGUCCCAAUGGCGCCGGACUAUUCGUCAAGUAUUUCCAGCGCGGUGGUGGCUACUAUAUCGAUGUCGGGGCCUCUCAAAUGAUCGUGGAUGGGAAGAUCAAGGUGAAGCAAGGUCAGGAAAUUGCUGAAGUUCUGCCUCGAGGGCUAAAAUUUGCCGAUGGUUCUGAGCUAGAAGCUGACGAAAUCAUCUUCGCUACUGGAUACGACAAUAUGCGUUCGGAAACAAGAACGAUUCUGGGCGACAAGGUGGCUGAUAAGGUAUCUGAUGUUUGGGGUUAUAAUAAUGAAGGAGAAGUCAGGACCAUGUGGCAGGAUAGUGGGCACCCGGGAUUCUACUUUCAUGGGGGCAACCUGGCAACUGCAAGAUACUAUUCUAAGGUUCUGGCACUCCAGAUCAAAGCUCUUGAGGAAGGUAUCUACCGUUAUGGUGAAUUCUAA